CCCUCUCAAAUUACAGUAACUCCCCAAUUCAUUUCUACUUUCUCUCUCCUCAAAAUCUCAAAUCCCCCUCAUUCUCUCUCUAAAAACACAAAAAUGGUGGAAACUGAAGUAGCUGCACUCAUCGCACCAUGGCUAACCCCAACCUCUCUCUUCGUCCUCCUCAACAUCGUCCUCGCCACCAUCUUCUUAGCCAACAACAAGCACCACUCCCAAACCAAACACGACUCCGAUUCCGACUCCGACAACCGCAACAACAUGAAUAAUAAACCUAGUGAACAUCAUUACCAUCAUAAUCAGUACGAUUAUUACCAGAAUAAUCAGCGUUACGACUACGAAGGUGCGUCGCUUGUUCCGCCGCCGCCGCAGCUAGUCCGCGCGCCGUCGCUAUUCUCCCGUGUUGCGUCGUUCAAUUUCUCCAAUUUUUACUCCGAAGCGCAACCUCCGUUGUCCGAUGCGGCGGAUCAGACGGCGACGAUGACUCGCGCGCCGUCGCUGCUCUACCGUGUGACGUCAUUCAACUUUUCUCGCUCUCCUGCACCGCAGAAGGCGGUGGAGGAGGAGGCACGUGACCAGAGUCAGGGUCACGUGAUGAGAGAGAAUCAAAAGGAGGUGGUGGAAAAGGACAAGGCUAAAGAGACAAAGGUGAAGAAAAAGAAGGUGAAAAAAGAAGUUAAUUCUGAUGUGAAAAAAGAAGUUACCGCGGUUAAAAAUGAAAGUACUGCGGUAAAAAAAGAGGUGGCGAAGGAAACGACGUCGUCGAAGCGGGUUGAAGAAGAAGAAGUAGAUUCAAAAGCGGAUGAUUUUAUUCACAAGUUUAAACAACAGCUAAAGUUACAGCGGUUAGAAUCACUGUUACGUUACCGGAAUAAUCCUACUCCAACAGCUGCUUGAACAUUAUUUUUACUAUUAGGGUGUUUUUUUUUUUACUGUAUUAUUAUUAUUGUUGUUGUACUAUUAUUAGGGUUUAGGGUAUUUUACUUUGGUGUUGUAUUUUUUUUACUAGUUACUGUAUUAAUUAGGGUUUUUUUUUACCUUUUAAAAUAUUGUCUAUUGGGCACAUGACACAUUACAUGGGUUAUUGUGUAGGUGUGGCUUUAUAUAUGGUCCAAUUCAGGUUAUGUUCAGAUUUCAGAGUAAAAGUAAUUUAUUUAUGGCCACUCGUAAUGUGAAUAAAGACAAUAAUCACAAAUUCACAAUAUAAUAAGUCAA